CUUCGGGAGUAAGUUCUGUAACACAGACGGGUGAAGCAGCCGUGUGUCCCCACAUCCACCAUGAAUCACCAGCAGCCAGCCCCUCUCAUCCCCCCUGUCCACCCUGAUGUGCAGAUGAAGCCUCUUCCCUUCUACGAUGUGCUGGAUGUUCUGAUCAAACCUUCAAGUCUGGGAGCGAGUACAGCACAGAGGUACCACCAGGAAAAAUAUUUUAUCUUUGCGUUGACGCCACAACAAGUUAGAGAAGUGUGCAUCUCCCGAGACUUUCUACCAGGUGGGAGGAGAGACUAUAUGGUUCAGAUUCAGCUGAGGUUUUGUUCAUCAGAGACAAGCUGCCCUCAGGAGGACAAUUACCCCAACAGUCUUUGCAUAAAGGUCAAUGGAAAACUGCUUCCUUUGCCAGGCUACGCACCGCCACCAAAAAAUGGAGUGGAACAGAAGAGACCAGGAAGACCACUCAACAUUACCUCCCUUGUUAGACUCUCAUCUGCAGUACCCAAUCAGAUUUCAGUGACAUGGGCACCUGAAAUUGGAAAGACCUAUUCCAUGUCUGCGUACUUGGUGAGGUAGCUGAUGUCUCCCCUGCUCCUGCAAAGACUGAGGAUGAAGGGCAUCAGGAACCCAGACCACUCCAGAGCACUGAUUAAAGAGAAGCUGACAGCAGAUCCAGACAGUGAGAUUGCUACAACAAGCCUUCGAGUGUCUCUUAUGUGCCCGCUGGGUAAAAUGCGACUGACAGUGCCAUGCAAGGCUGUGACGUGCUCCCAUUUGCAGUGUUUUGAUGCUGCCCUCUACCUGCAGAUGAAUGAGAAGAAACCCACCUGGAUCUGUCCUGUGUGUGACAAGAAGGCUGCAUAUGAGAGCCUCAUCAUUGAUGGUUUGUUCUUGGAGAUCCUGAACGACUGCUCGGACGUGGAUGAAAUCAAGUUCCAGGAGGAUGGGACGUGGUGCCCAAUGAGACCAAAGAAAGAAGCUGUAAAGAUCCCCACUCAGUCCGUUCCAAAGGUGGACACCUUGGCUCCUUUGCGUCAACCAUCGGUGGCCCCUCAUUCUACUGAGCCCAGCUACACCAAGAGGGCGGAUGUGAUUGAUCUGACUAUAGAAAGCUCUUCUUUUGAUGAUGAAGAGGACAAAGACCCUCCACCCAAGAAACGCUGUGUCUACAUUUCCAAGAAUGAGGAGAUGCAUGCAAAGAGAGUGUUGAGCUACCAGCCCACUGUGCGAGUGCCAAACGUCUAGGCCCUGGACCCGUCAUAUCUGAACUCUACACUGGCCGACUAUGCAGUCCCCUUCCAUCCUUCUGCCUUGGCCUCCAUCCCCACAGAUAUGCAGAGUCUGGAUCUGGAAGUCCCACACUUUUCUAACCCUCUGUCAGCCAAGUGGAAGCUAACGCCAGACAAGCUCAGCUAA